AUGCAUAGCCUCUCAAAUUCUAAAAACAAAAUUAAGCAAGAAAAAUUAGAGUCUCUUGAAAGUAUCAUCAAUCUAAUAUAUAUACAUAGUUUAAAUGCUCUCUUUCAAUAAUGAAUUAUUCCAACAACUCUUAUAAAUUUGGCAAGAUAAUCACAUACCACUUUGUCAUCAAAAGUACUUCUAUAAUAUACUUAAAACUCAUGAAACUUAAGCUCCAUCACUUAUGCGCUAAGAAAUUGAUAGUUUUUAAAACAAUCAUAGCAUUGUGAAAACAUUGCUUCAUUUAACCUUAGGUAGAGAACUUUGUUUAAAAGAAAUUUAAAAGACAAGAUGUUUAGCUGUAAUGGAUUUUGUUAGAUUGAUAUCUAAAUAAAUCUAUGACCUUAGAAAAUUAACUUACAAUUUAAUUGAAUUUCAUCGUAAAUGGAGAAAUGCUCUCAGUUCUUAGUUUCAAUAUAACUAUACAUGGAUCAUCAAUAACAAAGACUAUUUAUUCAAAAUACUUGAUGAUUCCAAUAUCUUUUAAAUUACUCAUCCUAAACUUCUAAGCUUUUUCAAUCUCUAAGAUUCUGAUAUUUUUUAUUUGAGUAUUAUUCAAUAAGCCCGUAUGGAAAAUGUUGAAUAUUAUGAUUUUUUGGCAAUACAUCAAAUAAAAUAAUCUUAAGUUGAUCGAAUGAUGGAGUCAUUGAGAUAUUUUUAGGAAUUAACUGCCUAUUAAGAUUUAACUGUCUAACCUCAACUUAAUUAAACUAAUAAAAUGAUGGAAACAAUUUCAUUCUUCAAAACUAAAACAACUAUGUAAUUCAAUUCUCAAAAAAUAAAGGUUGAAACUUCAACUAUCACAUAAUUGGAGGAUUACCCUAGUACAAUGUUAUAUGCUUAAGAAGACCUUCAAUUUAUAAUUUAUCAUUAUCCAUUUAAAGAUAUUGAGAGGGUCAUCACCUUUUGGCAAAGCAAGAAUGUGAUAGAACUAAAAGAAGGGUUUAAGUGUCCGAUUGCUCAUAUUAAAGAUAUUAUUUUAUUUUGGUAAGAAGCUAUAAUCAUACAAGUAAACUAAAUAGCUUUGAUUGUGUGUUCUAUAGAUUAGGAUUGCAAUUACAGAAGAUGGAUUAUACAUUCACUUUAUAUUGUUUAAGAACUUAAAUCUUGGCAAUAAAAAUUAAAUAAUAUUAUUUAGCAUUUUAUUAAAAUGUUGAUUUCAAAAGGAGACAAUUUUGUUUCCUUAGUGAUUUCAUGUAGCAAUGAUAAGCCAAUUAAAUAAUCAUUAUAGUAAUUGAAGUUUGCUUUUCUUAAAAACGUUUCUUAUCCAUAAGUUGCUGCUUAAUUUUAUGAAUUAAAAAUUAAUCAAAACUAAAAUAGUUAAAACCAACAUUAAAUUAAUCCUGGGUCAAGAAAAUACUUUACACCAUUGGCUUUAAGAAUGAUUCGUAUAUUUGCCGCAUAAGCCUAAUCAUAAAUGAUCACUGAUGAGGAAUUGUUAAUUACUUAAUUUAGUGCUAAUUUGGGAAAGAACAAUAUUAUAUAAUUUGAAAACAAUAUUACUGCUUUACAAUCUAUAUUGUCUGUAUUUAUUAUAUUUAUUACGAUUUUACAAAGAAAUCAAAAUUGUAUGGUCAAGAAUACGUGUUGGUACAUAAACUUUAAGACAUCAAGAACAGAUUUUAAGUUUAAUUUAACUCUCCUAUUGAUUCACCUGUAUAUUUCUAAAAUUUUGCAAUAAAAUUGAACUUUCAAUACUUUUCAAGUGAAAUCCAUCGAAACACAAAUGCACCAUACAUUCGUUUGAUUCCUGUAUGAUUAUAUCUCUUCCCUUUUAGCAUCCUCCUUAUAAUGAAUAAGACGCUUCUAUAUUGGAAUUAACAUCUAGUGAUAUAUAAUCGCGAAGAAUCUAUCUUGUUUCAACUAUACACCCAACCAUUAAGAUGUAUUGUUAGCUAAUAAAGUUAGAUACAUAUAUGAGGUUUAGAAAAAUGAAAUAACAAAAUCAAACAUUUAAUAACAUGUCAAUUAAAUUUUUGAAAAGUUCGAUAAGAAAUAGGAAGGACUAUAAAGUUUAUGGUUACCUUUCUUCAAAGCAACAGGAAAUUAGCUUACUUUACCUAAUUCAAUGAUAAAUGGAUUCUUUUAAAAUAAUACUUCAGUUUCUUUUUGUUAUAAUCGAAUUCCAGGAUUUCAUAGCAUUUAAAAUUCGCAUGAUUUAGAUAAAGUUAUACAACCUCCUUUUUUGAUUGGGAUAAUUUAAAAUGAUAUAGAAUAAAUAAAUAAGCCUUUAUUUUCAAUGUUGGUUGAGAAAGAUUUUAUAAUAAGAAGUCCAGAGAAGUUAGUAUAAGGGAAUUUACAUGGUUAACAAACAUUGCCUUUAUUAAUUUAACCAAGAGAAAUUGAUGGUAAAUUGAAUGAGUUACUGAAAAUCACAGUAUUAGAAAUAUAGAAGUCAUUUAAUUCUGAUCCUUAUUCUUUAUCAUAUAAGUUGAAGUAUGGAUUAGAAGCUGCAUUAUUGAAUAUGAAUAAUGGAUAUGCACUUAUAUGUGUUGAUGAGAAUCAUAUUCAAGAAAAGAAGUGGAUAAUUGAAUCAAUAAUGACAAACAAUCUUGAUAAUUUAUAAGGAAUAUUAUUAAAGUUGAGUGAAUAUAUAUUUAAUGCAGAUAUAUUUGCAAGUGAAAUUUAAAUAAGUUAGGUAAAUUAAUUUAAUUGAUAUUAAGAAUCAUUAUUCAGAUUAAGGAGAAUUGGUAGCCAAUAAAUAAGUAACUGAUUAAAUAAAGAAAGCUAAAUUUAAAUGGAGAUUAGUAGAUAAUGAUGCAAGGAGUUAAUAACGAAAGACAAUUUAUAGUUUAAAGAGAUUAGCUUAAGAUUAGUAUCUUAUAUAAUAUGAUGAUUUAGUCCUCCAAAAUAAGAGAAUUAAAUUUCAAUAUAAUUUUAGAGUUAUUAUGCUUUAUAACAAAGUGAACAAAGAAUAUAGACAUAAAAUAAAUUAGAAUAUUUUAGAGUUAAAGAUUUUUACUAAUUUUUUGAAGAUUGUUUUUAAUAUAAUAUGGAUAGUGAGUAUUAAGAUGAGAAUCCUUUUUUAAGAAAUAAGUUUUAGUCAUAUUAGGGUUCUUUAGGGAAUUGUGAAUUUAGAGUAUUAGGGAAUUAGAUUGAAUUAGGAUAGAGUUUAAAAUUCGAUAUAAAAUUACCAAAAUUUGAUGAAAGUUUAUAGAUGGUAUAGAUAUAUGUGUAGAAUAAAUAGAUUAAUGUAUUUUAGAUGAAUAGUCAGUUAAGAUUGAAAAGAUAGAGAUAAUUAAUGAUAAAGAAUAAGAAAUACAUAGAGAUUCCUAAUAUUGAAGGGAUUUAAGAGAUAUUUUAAUCUGAUUUGUAUUAGAGUAAUUUAAGAGUUUUCUUUGUGCCUACUUCAGAUUCAGUUAGUUAUUUUUAUGUGAUUGAACUACCCAAUUAAUAGAUAGUGAAUCAAAUAAGAUAGGAUUAUAUGAAUAUUACAUAGAUGAUAAGUUAAGUAAGAAUUGAUGGUUAUUUGUUAUAGUCAUUUCCUUUUAAAUACAAACAUAGUUGUACAUCUUUAUUGAUAAAAGAAUUUGAUAAAACAUAUACAAUGAAAAAAGAAUCAAAUUUCUUACAUGUAGAUUUUGCUUUGAAUAGUGAAUAUACAAUAGGACCAUAGAUUGUAUAAGAAGAGAAUAGAGAAGAUUAAUAAUGGAUUGUAUAGUUACCAAUGAUGUGUGGAAUAUUGUCGACAAUAGUUAGAAAUUAAUAUGAGAGACCAUUAAUUGGAUGGAUAAUCGAAUAAUGA